GUUGUGAUGUAAGCAUGUACACGUCGGCUAGCCGGAUAUCCCAGCAGGCCGCGGUGCUGAGUUCGUUUUAGCUGUUCGCCGGUCGGGAAUAACGGCUGUCACAUGAUUAUUGUGGAUGUUUUGCGUGUCACUUUUGUUGUGUUAACGUGGUCAAUUAAUUGAGCUAAUUAAAAAGCAGUUGAAAACAUGCAGCCACCUCCACAGACUGGGCCACCUGCCACAGGUGGGCCCCCUCGCAUGGGAAUGUCCACAAAUGCAUAUUGGCGUAAGAGGGGACCCACCCCUGCAUCUGUGUCUUCAGCAUCGGUGCAACCAGUAACAGAUCCUUUUGCGUUUGGCAGACUGACACCCCAAAAUAUGCCACAAAGCAAUGUGCCGCAAGCAAACCUCCCGGCAAUGCCAAAUCCCUCCCCUGCGUAUCCCCAGCCUCCUGCAGACCAUUCUUCAGUUGCCGGUGAUUACUUGCACGGAAUGCAGACUUCAGGACCUGUACCUCAACCUGGAGCCAUGUAUACUCCUGUAUCAACCCCAUCAGCAGCUACUGGUUAUUUUACAAACACACCUAUCCAUCACAGUACAGAUCAGGGGCUUGGUAAUCAUGCUGUAUCGUUACGUCAGAAUGCAUCAGGUGGACUUGAAAAUGCAUUUGCACCUUCAUCUAACAGAUCUCAGAGCAGACAAGGUAUUCCUGCAGAUUAUGGUGCCAGUGCCCCUGUCACUGCUCCUUUGUCAUUUGUUCCUACACCAUCACAGCAAACCACUGGUCAGUGGGGUUUUACACAUGCUGUUCCUCCUACCUCAGUUCAGAACUUUCCCCCAUCUGCUCAUCAUUCUACCUACAAUGCUUCAUAUUCCUCCCCGCCUUACUUAGAAGUGUCCAACCUGCCUCCUCAAGCCAGUAUUUUUCCUAAUGAGGCCCAACGUGAGCCACCUACACAAAGGACUGUUCCCAUCAAUUAUCCAAUUGGAAGUAGUGAAAACAAUGUCUUUCAAAACAGCUCAUCUCAGCUGGAAUACAUGCAUAGUCAUAAUCCCCAACAAAGUAACAAUUGGCUUCACAACCCUUACAAAGACCAGAUACCCUUGUCCAGUUCUAACCUUUUACAAACUAGCUCCCAGUCAGCUAUCUCAGAAAAGGCACAAGAUGAUAGUCAAAAAGCAGCUGGGCGUGUAGACACUGACACUGAUUCAGGUACUAUUUCAAUGUUUUUUAAGGGGGAUGAAGCAGAAAAUGUUGAAAUACUUUCCACAGACCGUCACCUUAUGAUUCAUAAACCAGAACAAAGCAUUUCUGAUCCUUAUCAGAGUGGUGGGCAUCAUAGUUUACCAUCAACUUCACAUCCACAACAAAUCAUCACUAAUGUUCAAUCUCAAACAACAGCCACAUUGUGUUCUAGCUCUUCAAAUCAAAUGUUUUUAUCCCAGAACUUUAGCAGUCCAUCUGAUCCCCAAAUGUCCCAUAACCAUGAUGUCUAUAACAUUGGUGAUACAUCAAGUGAUUCCGGUCCUGGAAUAGAUCCACAGUAUGACAAUGUGGAAAAUGUAGAGUAUAUCCAAAAUCAAGAAGUUCUCCCAAAUGAGCUACCGAAUAAUGGUGGUAGUAUUUUUCCAACCAGUACAAAUCAAGAUGCAUAUAGAUAUGGAAUGCUUCCUGGCCCUUCUUUGCCAAAGAAUAUUUCUAACCAUACUCAAGUGGGACCAAAUUUGGAGACACCGGAUGCUUUAACUCGUCCUGUAAGGUCUGAUAGUGUCUCUUCCAAUUACAGCAACUUGAGUCAAAAGAGUUUGCCUAAUUCAUCUAGACCUCAAGAGUUAGCAGGCACUUUUAUCCAGAAAGAGAAACUUGAUGAUAUGUCCACAAAUUUCUUUAAGCAGGUGGAUUCUCCCAUGUCAGGAAAUUCUAGUGUUCAGGGCAUGGGUCAAAACAGUUUUUCUGGUAGUCAUUCACAACCACCAACCCCAAGUCCUCCUAAACCUAUGGGUAUAUUUCAGACAAGUGCAAAUAGUUCAUUUGAACCUGUAAGAUCACAUGCCUUGUGCAUGAAACCGCAAGCCGAGGUUUCCCAAGGAAAAGUAGUAGCAGAUCUCCAGGAGAAUCAGAAAACAGCAAGCAAUAUGCCUCACAGUUCAGUGAUGCCAGCUGUAUCUCCAGGUAACUUGGAACAACCACCUGACAAUCUAGAAAAUAUUUUCUCUAGUAAAUUAAAUGCUCCAUUAAGCUCUUCAAACAGUGGGAGUAUGUUUCAGAAUUUUGGGUCUGUACCCUUGCUACGGCCUUCCUCAAGGGCUCAUGGUUCAAAUAAAAAAUGUGAAAGUCCUGCAACAACUUUGUGGGCUCAAGGGGAAAUACCACAUUUUGAAGGGAAUGUUCUUCUUGCACCUGCUGCUCCUGUGCUAUAUGUGCCCCCAAAACCUCAAACUGAAGUUAUUCAGCCUCCAGAAGAUGGGAUGUCGGAUGUCCAGUCUGGUAAAGUAGAGCAGGCAAAGGUGGCAUCAUCGCCUGAAGACCAAAUUUCCUCAGAAAACUUAGAGAAUCCUCCCAAAAUUGGAGAUGAGGAACCUCUCCACUCCCAGGCAAGUUCAGGUUAUGCCAGUUUGUUGUCUUCGCCGCCUACUGAAUCCUUGCAAAAUCAACCUAUAUUAAUUGCGCCACCAAACAAAAGCUAUAAUUUUAGUCAACCAAUUAAUUUUUCUAUGACAUUGCCUAUACCAAAUCAAAUGAAGUACAUUAAUUCAGCGAAAGACACAGGAGGUGACAAGCUCUGUAUAAUGACUGACCCUCCAGUUGUUAACACUUCUAAGGAUACUGGGCCUGUUUCUCUGACCCUUCCUGGUCCUGUCUCAAAUACCCCUGUGACUUUUAAUCCGCUUUCUAAUCAUUCUCUAUCACUCAAUGAUUCUUUUCCAAAUCAACCUUCCAAUAUGUCAAAAUCAUCUCUUUCUAAUCAAGUACCUCUUAAUUUAGUCACAGAAAUCCAAAAGACUGUGAAGGUUGAAGGUCUACCACCUCUUGAUUCCGCUAAUAAAUCCACACCCCCUGUUUCCGUAACAAACACAUCCACAGGUAAUGGAAAUGUGAUGUUUCCACCACCUGUGAAUAGUGUCAACACCAUGGCUCGUAAAAAUAGCUUGGCAGGGAAUGCAGGUGCCCUAGAUUUUACUGUUCCUCGUGCCCCAACCAAUCAAGGUGUAAAUCAUGCCAUGUCUAAUCAGAGUCACCCCCCAUCUGCAGCUCCUGGUAUUGCUUUGCAAUCUAUCAAUAAUCAAAAUCUACAUCCAGUCCAAGAUAAUAAUAAGCAGAGUGGUUUUUAUCAGCAGGUUACUAAAGAAGUAAAACAGCCUCUUUUAGAAAAUCCACAGCAAACACGUGAGUACAUGGCACCUGGAGCACAGCCUGUGUCUUUGGUUUCUUCUACACAAAUUGCAGCUGGAAAUAGACCUGUCCCACAUGCGCCACAAACUGAAAUGCAGCCUCCAAGCACUAUGCAGACUUCUGGCGCCCCACCUAGCAUCUCUUCAGAGUCUAUACCGAGGUAUGGUCUUCCUGAACAACUCGCAUCAACUGUUCCUGCACCUAUGAACAUGAACAACGCAACAGGCUACCCAGAGCAAGCUAGGCCUCCAUCUUCCCAAACACCGAAGCAAGGAUUUCCACCAACAGCCGAUCCUUAUUACUACUAUAGAGGUUAUGGGGCAUAUCCACCUACGUACCCACAGCCAUAUCAAACCAUGGAUCCCAGAACUGCUUAUUAUCCGGACCCGUAUAGUUCAUAUGACCCCUUGUACAGAGGCUAUGCUGAUUCUGGGAAGUAUCCCUACCAGGAGCCAGAACGACCAAGUUCACGAUCAAGCCAGUGCUCUGAUCGGCCAUCUUCAAGGCAGGGGUACAGUUCCAAACCAGACUGGAGUUCUCAAAGUAAUUACUAUGCGGAUUAUUACCAAAAUCAUUACAAUUAUGGAGAUCCGGCACGCUGGGAUCGCUAUCCUGGAGCAUAUGACCCUGGCUAUAGAGAUUCCCAAACAAACUAUUGGGGUUAUGCCUAUGGUAACGCUGAGGACCCGUACCAGCAGAAGGCCUCAUACAACUAUCCAAGCAGGUAUAACGUAUAUGAAGAUCGUUGGCAGUAUGAUCCCCGCUAUGUUGGUGGCUUUGAUGAUGAAAUUGAACCACGAAGAGAUAUGGCAAAGGAUGACUUUGACAGACGUAGUGUUCACAGCGAGCAUUCUGCCCAUAGUGUGCAUAGCUCGCACAGUCGAAGAAGCAGUUUUAGUUCACAUUCCCAGCACAGCCAGAUAUACAAUAGCCAGCCAGGUCUCCCAGCAAAUGUGUAUGAUCCACAGUUGCCGAACCCUAAUGUUACUGACUAUACAUACAGCAUGUAUCCCAACAACUACAGCACCCAGCAGUCACUAGACCCCUAUUCUUUUGGAUACACAAGCAAUACGGAGUGGCAGGCUGAAGAACCAGUUCCCUCUAGAUCUUUGACCCCAGAAAAGUUUGGAAGUCCACACGUCUGUGCCAGGUUUGGACCUGGUGGGCAUUUAAUCAAAGUGCUUCCCAACUUGCCUUCAGACGGGCAGCCCGCUUUAGUUGAGAUCCACAAUAUGGAGGUCAUGUUACAGCACUGCCCCGAGCAAGAACAGCUGAGGACAUUUCCUGGUCCCUUGGUGAAAGAUGAAACUCACAAAGUAGAUGUGAUUACUUUUGCACAUAACAAAGCAAAGGAAUGUUUGCAGAAUGAUAACCUGAUUGACCAGGAAUCUGUGUGUUUGCUGUGGGAUUUUAUUGUAUUACUCUGCAGGCAAAAUGGGACUGUUGUAGGCACAGAUAUUGCUGACCUGCUGCUGAAAGACCAUAAAACUGUGUGGUUGCCUGGCAAGUCGCCCAACGAAGCAAACUUAAUAGAUUUCAGCAAUGAGCCACUGGAGCAAGAGGAGGAGUCUGUAGCAUCUCAGCUGUCCUUCCUCACAGAUACCCUUCCGACCAUUGGAAACAAUCUGGAGAAAGAAACAGAGAGGUUCAGAGAGCUGCUUCUUUUUGGACGUAAAAAGAUGAUAAAACAUUAUAGGUGGAAUUCAAAUUUCAGUUCUGUCCUUAAACGUACUUGUUCUGGGCCUAAUGUGCGGUUUGCAAACAGCCUUCCAAUUAACGAUCCUCUGCAGACCGUUUAUCAGCUCAUGUCUGGAAGAAUGCCGGCAGCAGCUACAUGUUGUGGCGACGAAAAAUGGGGCGACUGGAGACCUCACCUGGCUAUGGUUCUUUCUAACUUGACCAAUAAUUUAGAUGUACCAUCCCGGACCAUAACCACUAUGGGAGACACUUUGGCUUCCAAGGGCCUGUUAGAUGCUGCUCAUUUCUGCUAUUUGAUGGCUCAGGUUGGCUUUGGGGUCUUCACCAAGAAAUCAACCAAACUGGUCCUCAUUGGAUCCAACCACAGUUUACCCUUUUUAAAGUUUGCAUCCAAUGAAGCGAUCCAGAGAACAGAGGCUUAUGAAUACGCUCAGUCACUGGGCACACAGGCCCUCUCACUGCCUAAUAUACAGGUCUUUAAGUUUAUUUACGCUUGCCGGCUUGCCGAGUACGGACUUUCUGCUCAAGCCUUCCAUUAUUGUGAAGUCAUUGCCAAGACUGUCCUUAAGCAUCCGUCUUUCUACUCCCCUGUGUUGGUCAGCCAGCUACUCGAGGUAUCCUCCCAUUUAAGGUUCUUUGACCCUCAACUGAAAGAAAAGCCGGAACAGGAGUUAUUUAUUGAACCACCCUGGUUGCUGCGUCUUCGACACUUAGAUAUGCAAAUCAAGCAAGGUACGGUUGUGUUUAACCCCGGGAGAGCCACACCCCAGCAGUACACCUGCAGCACACCUAGCUCAGAUCAGGAUCACAUCAGCCAAUCGGAGGGCGCCGCACCUGUUCAAGAUUUUCUUCCCCCCAACAAUGAUAAUCCUCUUCUUGCAAACUUGGCGCCCAACAUGAUGCCGCAGGUUUAUGGCGUCCAGCUUGCACUCCCAGGCCCUGAAAACACCACCUCUGUUUAUCAACCACCUGCUACUACUGAACCACUGUACGUACCCACCCAGCAGCCUCCUGUACCCACACCAGGCUUUCCACCCCAAGGACCUAGCUCAGGAUUUGUACCCUACACUGGGGAACAGAGUCCUACUUUCCCGGCACCCCAAGUGAAUGCUAUGGCACCACCCUCACCACAGACGGACGCUCCCGCACUUCAUGAGCAGUGGAAUCCGGAUCCAGGAUUGCAAAGGUUUCCCCAGAAUUCACCGACCAAAACAACCUUUCCGGAACAGGGGUUGGAUUUCUAUGGUGAAAUGGCGAGAAUGGCACCAGGGCAAAGAUCUAGGACAGUAUCUCAGUCAUCGGCACACAUGAGAAGAACUCGCACAACGUCAGAGUCAUCCACCCACUCUAUUGGAUCUGGCAGGAGAAGUUCUGUAGGGAUCCAGCCUUCACCACCUCCCCCAGCCAUCCCAGAGGCUGAGAAACCAGAAAGGAAAAAAGAACCCAAGACACAAAACCAGGCGGGUGGUAGAAGUUGGCUUCCAAAGACGAUAGGUUGGCUGAUCGGAAAAGGGAAGAACGAAGCCCAUUUACCAGAUGACCGGAACAAAUCCAUUGUAUGGGAUGAAACGAAGCAACGUUGGAUUAAUAACGACGAACCAGAAGAAGAGAGCAAACCCCUGCCCCCACCUCCACCGGGGAUCUUAAACAGACCUCAGGGCACUUCCUCCAUCGCAGGAGGUCCACCAAACCCUUCUGUCAACAUGUUCUCUAUCAGAGCAGGAAAAGGUACUUCUGUUAUUUCAGGAGGAGCAAGAGGCCGUUACGUUGAUGUGUUAAACCCCGGCGGUAGCAGACCUAGCAACUCCGUCCCUCCACCAGCUGAUUUAUUUGCCCCAUUGGCCCCAAUGCCUAUCCCUGCAAACCUUUUUGUUCCAAAUGCAGUUCCUGAGGAGGAGCAGCCGUUGGAAGCAAGUGGAGCUGAUACGGCACAACCUACCGAGCAGCCUGGCUUUGAUAAUGCACAGACCCCGUUUAUGAAUUCAGCUUCUCUGCCCCCUGGGUCUGAUCUCACAAACUCAAACCAGGAGGACCAUCAGUCAGGAGAGCUUUCUCGUUCUAGUUCUAUGAGUUCCUUAUCUCGUGAAGUAAGCCAUCAUUUUAACCAGGAUUCCAGUAAUUUACCACCGGUCUCGGGACCUCCUGUCGGUACUGUCCAGUUCUACAACCCUUCCCACUUUACACAGCAGUCGGCUUCAGGAAUGAGACCUGGACGUCUUGGCCAGCGGAAAUAUCCAACAUUAAAGUAAAUCUGUUUUGCUUCAGAGGACAUUUUAAGCUUUUCAGAGCAUGGGAAUCAAGUUUUGCUUCUCAGGAUGACUCAACAGACUUUUAAUACCCAACGCUUAUAUAAAUAAAACUAUUUUAUCAACUGUUCACUAAAGUGAGUUGGGUGUAGCUGAAUCUAAGAACAUUCUUCAAGUUUCUUAUGGUUUGGGAGCUAAGGUCAACGUACUGUAGCGCUUUCCAGAAGUGGGGGAAAAAAAGUUUUUUUUUGUUUUUUUUUGUUUUUUUUUAACUCGCGUAAAGCUACGUUUUGCAGUUUCAUAUUCUUGAAGAAGUUAAGUUGCGGAUUGUGAAUUUGCAGUGUGGCCUUACAUCUAAACUGCGUCUGCUUUAUUUUGCACCGUCAGAUGCAGUUGGACUGUUUUAAUAAAACAAUAUUCAUUAAAGAAAAGAAAAAAAAAAAGCAUAUUCGUAUAAAGGCGUUAAUUGCCUUUUGGUUCAUUCCCACUAAUAUAAAACAAUUCAAUUUCCCCCACAAAGUAAUAUAUUAAAUUAAAGCUGUGACUAAUGAAACAGUAAAUUCAACAAUUUUAUUUCCUGGUGUGUAUGUAGUCUGCAUAUUAUUGUAUAGGAAAGUUGUAUAGUCUUACAAAAAUUCUUGUAUAAUAGUUUACGAAUUAAUACUAUUCUGAUGUGUGAAUAUUUUUUUUUAAGUGCAAUAUGAUUAAUGCUUUCUCUUACAAUGUAGGGUAAUUCAAAUUAAAGAAGAGUUGGCUGUUAAAUUGUUCAAACUACUUCAAAUUGGCUCAGAUUAUUUUGCUCAAUUUUUUUAUGUUCUGUAAUAGUUUGUUGACCUGGAUAGCAGUGCAUUAUUGUCCCCUCUAGACGUAAACAUUGUAAAAUUCAAACUUGCUAAUCUUACUUUCAAAACAUUUCAUUUUUUUUAUUAUUUAAAUAAAAUAGGUGGGGAAAAACACACAUUCUGAAUUUGUAAGAUAAUAAAUUUGUUAUAUCACGUUCAGUAUAUACGUAAAGUGUAUAUAUAAACUGAAAAGCAUUUGAAAGGUAAUUAAAUUAUUUGUUAUUGAUACUUGCCUAAUUACAGGAAUCAUGAUAAUUGGACUUUAAUAUGCUGAAUGCUUCUUGAAAGAUUAGCAUUUUAUUCUCUUUUUUUUGUGUUUUUUUUUUUUUUAUUGUUUUGUUUUAGUAUUUGCCUGAAUCUAAUAAAGCAGUACUUCCUGACAAUUCUUAUAGGCUGAUAAGCUCUUCCUGCUGAUGUUGAUUGGCUGAUAAUAGAAUGCACAUUUACCCAUCAGCUGAUGAAUAUUAGUAGUCCACAAGUAAUAUGGAUGUAUUGGUUUCAAUUGAGCUGUAAACCACUGUUUACGCAGUGGGGGGGAAAGUAUUGCAAAUUGUGUCAUUAUUUUGAGCAGGAAAUAUACAUUUUGUCAAACCUUUUUGAGCUAAAAAGUUUAGUAAGUUACAGUUGUACCAAACUGUUUUUUUUUUCUUUGUUAAAACUUUGUAAAUGUAUUUUUACUGUUUAUAUAUCCUUAGGUUUUAAAAUUUUACGUCACUGGUUGUAAACUUCUUUUUGUGAGUCUUAGGUUAGCGCUUAUUUUGUAGUAAUUAUAUCAGAGAUCAGUUGUACGCCACUUAAGUUUACUUAACACCUACUCUCUCCAAAACAAAAAUACACAAGUUUGUUUUACUUAGGCACAGUUUGUGUAUACAGUCUAAUUAUAACAUCUAGUUCUUUUUAAGCUAUUGCCAUUGUGAUUCUCAAAAAUGGUGAAUGCUGAUUCAUAAAAUCUUUUUUUUUUUAAAAAUAGCAUGGAUCACACUUUAAAACCAGUUUUUAUAUCAUUUUAAAGCCAACGUUGUUUGAGAUUACAUCUCUAUAUGUUAAGAUUUCCAGUUUAGUUUCGUCCAGAAGGCAGCUUGCGUUGUUUAUAGACCAUUAGGUAUGGGAAAAGCAGGUUAGAAUACAUUUUUAUGAUUCUCCCUUAAGACAUACUUGAAGGGAUAUGAAACCCAUAUUCUUCUUUCAUGGUUUAGAUAGAUCAUACAAGUUUGAACAACUUUUCAAUUUACUUAUGUUUUCAAGUUUACUUCAUUCUGUUGGUAUCCUUUGUUGAAGAAGCAACAAUGCACUACUGGUAGUUAGCUGAACACAUCUGGUGAGUCAUUAACGAGAUAUGUUUGUGCAGCCACCAAUCAGCAACUGGCCUACCUAGUUAUGCUUUUCAACAAAUGAUACCAAAAGAACAAAGCAAAUUAGCAUUUUAUCCUCUAACUGAAUCGUGAAAAUGUAAUUUUGACUUUCCUGUCCCUUCAAGUCUUCUAUCAAAUAGAACUGGUAGUUUUGAAGUGCCUUUCUGCACAGAUGCAGCAUUUAUAAUAACCAACAUGAAUAGCAUUUAUGUUGUCUAUAUGAAAUACUGCUUUGUGGCGUUCAUGUAUCUCCUUAAUAGGAAAGUAGCACGCUGGGAGGUUGAAGGAAAUGAAGUGUAUGGUAUAGAACUGACCAGACGUCCUCCCUACUUAAUGCUUUGUUUUUGUUUUUUGGUCUUGGAAUUGGUCUUCCACAACCGGAUUAACCAGAAAAACUUUUUUUUAAUAAAGCUAAGUUGGAGGCAUUUGUUAACGUAAUAAGGUGAAAGAUCUGUGUACGGAAUAUAUGAGCUCAUAUUGAGGUAUCCAUUUUGAAGAAGCACGAAAAAUGGAUUUUCAAUCUUGGACCACCCCAGUCUGUAGAAGAUGAUUAAAGCCACAAAAGACGAUCUUAGAGAUGCAACACCUAGACUAAUAUUUUGGCUGCUUAUUUUAGUUAAAUUAUAAUGAAUUGCUUGCAAGAUUUUAAUAUUUAAAGCUGUUAGUAGCUGUCAUUUAUUUAAUGCAUUAGUCUCAUUAAUAGAAAUUAUUAUUACAAUUGUAUAAUGUUACAUAAUUUUGUUCUGUAUUUAUAUUGUCUCCUGGUUUUCAUUUUGUUUACUCAUGAAAAAAUGUACGGCUGGUGAUAUUCUGUUGAUGUUGCACACGUUUUUUUUGUUUUGUUAGUUUUUGUUCUAGAUUAAUUUAUCUGGAUAAUACUGGAUGUUUAUUUUUCCAGUGCUAAAUGGUACUUUUAUACUGUACGUGCAAAGUUAAAGGUUUAUUAACCAUUUCACUGUUGGGGGCGAGGGGUAAGCAAUGCAUUGCUAAAAAGGUUAAGCACUAAUUGAAAAAUAGUGAGAGAAGUCUGAUCUUAAAUGGGGGGGGGGAUAAUUUGUCCAUUUCGGCUUCUAUGUAAAAUACCCACUGACGUAAAACUUUUAUGCCACAUUCGAGCUUCUAAGCAGUGAGUAUUCUAAUCCUUCCAUUUGCUUCUCUGAUUCUGGAUAUGUUUUUCAGUUUAGAAUGCCAAUAUCUUUUUAAUGACCACCUAAGAUGACAGAGCUGAUUAUUUUCAUAAGAAGGUGUUUUAAUUUGACACUGUUAAACUCUUAAAUAAAAUAUUUUGAGUUAUCAAGCACUUUGAA